AGAGUUCGUUAAUAAAGUAAGUGCUAAAAUUACAACAUCAGAUGCCUAAAAGAUUUAUUUACGAUUGAGAUUAGAUAGAUGCUCUUGAGGGUGUCCUUCAGAGAAAUGCAUAAGGACGGUGAUUUGAACCUAGGAGCAUGUACGGAUCGCUUGGUGAUUUGUUUUAUAUGCCAGUUCACUUUAUAAGUAAAGCCAACGACUUCUGGAAAAAAAUAUCUCAGUACAGGCCAAGCCUCAACCUGUUCCUUGAACACCAUGAGAAACUCGUCAUUUCUCCUUGCGCUUGUUCUCUCAAUCCUUCACUUGUCUUCUCAACCUUCCUCUGCCACUCGCACUACUUUGAGCAGAGGCGACUCUCUCUCCGUUGAUAACCCGGAUGACAUCCUCAUCUCAAAGUCUGGUGUCUUCUCCGCCGGUUUUUACCCCGUCGGCAAGAACGCUUACUGCUUUGCCAUCUGGUUCAGCGAUCCACCAUGCAGCGGCCAGAAUUGCACCGUAGUUUGGAUGGCAAACCGCAAUGAACCUGUCAACGGGAGGUACUCUAAGCUUUCUAUUAAAAAGAACGGUGAUCUCAUGCUAACUGAUGCCAGACACGCUGUUGUUUGGGCCAUAGAUACAGCCUCGCUCUCGUGGUCGAAAACACCGGUUCAUCAGUUACAACUCCUAGACUCUGGUAAUCUUGUUCUUCGUGACAGAGAAGGUAAUGUCCCACUCUGGCAAAGCUUCAACUGCCCGACCAACGUGCUCCUCCCUGGACAGAACCUCACCAGGAACACACCACUUGUUUCCUCUCAGAGCAACGGCAACUUCUCCUCUGGCUAUUACAAGUUAUACUUCGACAACGACAACAUCCUUCGUCUCCUCUUCGAUGGACCUUUGAUCUCAAGCGUAUACUGGCCAGCCCCGACCCAUGUGAGUUGGGAAGUUGGAAGAACAACCUACAACGAUAGUAGAGUUGCAGUGCUCGAUUCCCUGGGGAAUUUCACUUCAUCUGACAAUCUGAAGUUCCUGACGUUGGAUUUUGGCAAGAAAACACAACGUAUGUUAAAGGUGGAUCAUGAUGGUAAUGUAAGGGUCUAUAGUAGAGAAAAAGAUGGGAAGUGGGUUGUAACAUGGCAAGGCUUACCUGAGUCAUGUACUGUUCAUGGGAUUUGUGGACCGAAUAGCGUUUGCAGGUACAGCCCGAGGGAGGGAAGGAGUUGUUCUUGCCUUCCCGGAUAUGUGUGGAAUAAUGACACUGAUUGGACUCAGGGAUGUGCGCCCAAAUUCCAGAGCUUCUGCAACCAGGGUUCUGAUGCUCAUGUCGAUUUCCUGCGUUUGCCUCACCAUGAUUUCUUUGGAUAUGAUAAGGACUAUACUUCAAACACUACCCUGGCGCGGUGCAAGAAAAUGUGCGCAGAUCUUUGCAAUUGUAAAGGCUUUCAAUACAAAUUCAACGGGGAAAAAGGGAGCUUCGACUGUUUCCCCAAGAUACAGCUGUUAAAUGGAUAUAUUUCCUUCUCAGUUAUUGGGAGCAUCUAUUUGAAACUACCAAAAGCUAAUCUCUCUUCUUAUCAAAUACCCACCAAAGGAUUCGACCCACUGCCCUGUCCCCCAAAAGCUCAAGAAGUUGUCCCGCAGAGGACUUAUCUGAAGAGCCACCAGAAUUCAACACUUGAGAUCUUGCUCAUUUUUGCUACGGCGCUGGCAGGAGUGGAAAUUGUUGUAGUCUUCCUCACAUGGUCCUUUUUGAUCGGGACUGAUCCUGACAAACGCGGAGGUUAUGCAAAGGGAUAUCGUCUUGCGGGGACAGGAUUUACAAGGUUCACAUAUGCCGAGCUAAAGAAAGCGACCAGGAACUUUAACAAAGAGAUUGGAAGAGGAAGUGGGGGGAUUGUGUACAAGGGUGUCCUGCCAGAUCAUGGGGAAGCAGCGGUCAAGCUGCUAAACGAGGCGAAUCAAGGAGAAGAAGAGUUCCUGGCUGAAGUGAGAACAAUUGGGAAUCUCAAUCACAUGAACCUGAUUGCGAUGUGGGGUUACUGCGUGGAGGGAAGGCACAGGCUCUUGGUUUAUGAGUUCAUGAAUCACGGUUCCUUGGCAGAAAACCUUUUUUCCGAUCAACUCGACUGGAAGAAGAGGUAUGAGAUCGCGGUGGGAUCAGCCAAGGGGCUUGCUUAUCUUCACGAGGAGUGCUUGGAAUGGGUUCUCCAUUGCGACGUGAAGCCACAGAACAUACUCCUCGAUUCCAAUUACCAACCAAAGGUGGCCGAUUUUGGGCUCUCUAAGCUACUUAACAGAGAGGGCCUUAAGAAUACAAGUUUCUCAAGUAUCAGAGGAACGAGGGGUUAUAUGGCUCCUGAAUGGGUUUACAAUAUGCCAAUCACCUCCAAAGUGGAUGUGUACAGCUAUGGAAUCGUUCUGUUGGAGAUGCUGACAGGAGGGAACCCGGUCGCAGGCCAUGCCAUCCGCGGUGAAAUAAAAGGCGACAACAAAACGUUCACUUCCUGGGUGAGAGAGAAGAUGAAACCAGGGUUGCCCAUGGAGACAUGGAUAAGGGAAAUUGUGGAUCCGACCGUAAAGGAACCUUACGACAUCAAGAAGAUGGAAGUUUUGGUUGCGGUGGCGCUUCAGUGUGUGGAGGAGGACCGAGAUGCGAGACCCACCAUGAGCCAGGUGGUUGAGAUGCUUCUGCGCCAUGAAAGUGAGGAUCUGUAAUCGAAUACAAGCAUAACUGCUCAUGUUCUAGCUCUAAAUAAGUGGACAAUUGCAAAAGCAAUAGUCUUUGGAUGUACGAACCUAGGAAAGAUAUUUUAGUAAGUGUUUAGGAACAAGCCAUUGUCUAUCUCUAUUUUAUCAUAUUGUAAAUCUAGGAAACAUUAUUUAACAGGAUAG